AUCGUCGUUAGCUCUCACGGCGUGUGCAUGUGUGUGGAAACUAACUUUUGUUUGUUUACGGCAGCCGAGAAAAUCGCAAUCUAAAAAACGUAGAAACGAUUUCAAGACGGUUUUUAGCGAUCAGUUGAGCAACGACACUCGCAGCGACCGGAGCUAAGCACAAGAAAAAAAACGCUUCAGCAGCUGACAUUUAAGUUUUUGUUGCCCUGUUAUUGUUGAUAAAACUAGCAGAAUGACUACAAAAUUCACAAUCAACGGGCUGCCGUAUGCAGUAAACCUAACUAAUCUUCCGCCGGAUAUUACCCUGAACACCUUCAUCCGGGAGCAUGCCCAACUUACGGCCACCAAAUUUAUGUGUCAGGAGGGAGGAUGUGGCGCCUGCAUUUGCGUGGUUCGCGAUGGAAAGCGCAGCUGGGCUGUCAAUUCGUGCCUAACUCUGCUGAAUACCUGUGCCCAGCUGGAGAUCAUUACCGCCGAGGGAUUGGGUAAUCAGCGUACCGGCUACAAUCCCAUCCAGAAGCGACUGGCCAAGAUGAAUGGCACCCAGUGCGGCUUCUGUUCACCCGGAUUCGUGAUGAAUAUGUACGGGCUGAUGGAGCAGAACGGUGGCAGAGUGACUAUGGAGGAGGUGGAGAAUUCAUUUGGUGGAAACAUCUGCCGCUGCACCGGCUAUCGUCCCAUUCUGGAUGCCAUGAAGUCCUUUGCCGUGGACAGCAACAUUGGUAUUCCACCCGAGUGUGCGGAUAUCGAGGAUCUAAAAGCAAGGAACUGCCCGAAGACGGGUCUAGCCUGCAGUGGCAGCUGUCAUCCAACCACUUUGGUCUAUGAAGAUGGAGUUCAGUGGCACUGGCCGAAGAAUCUGACUGAACUUUUUGAGGCCCUGGACAAGGUCAAGGAUUCCGAAGAGUUCAUGCUGGUGGGUGGUAAUACAGCUCAUGGUGUCUAUCGCAGAUCGACCGAUAUCAAGCAUUUUAUCGGUGUGCACGGAGUGGAGGAACUGCAUCAGCACAGCUCUGAGGGUCAGCAAUUGAAGUUGGGAGCUAAUCUCAGCCUCACCCAGACCAUGGAAAUCAUUCGCACUACUUCUAAGCAGCCUGGGUUUGAGUAUUUGGACGUUCUGUGGAGUCAUAUCGACCUGAUUGCUAAUGUUCCAGUGCGAAAUGCUGGAACCUUAGCUGGCAAUAUUUCCAUCAAAAAACAACAUCCCGAGUUUCCUUCGGAUAUCUUCAUAUCCUUCGAAGCCCUAAAUGUUAAGGUCCUAACAUUGAAAAACGCUACCGAAGAGAAGGAAAUGUCCCUAUCAGAAUAUCUAAGUACCAAUGACAGGAAGCUCCUGCUCAAAGCAUUUAUACUUCCUGCUUACCCAAAGGAUAAGUACAUAUACGACUCCUAUAAGAUAAUGCCCCGUGCCCAGAAUGCCCAUGCCUAUGUAAACGCGGCUUUUCUCCUAGAAUUGGAAACCGAUUCCAAGGUGAAGUCGGCUCGUAUAUGCUUCGGUGGAAUUCGUCCAGACUUUGUCCACGCCUCAGUUAUCGAGCAGUUGCUAGUGGGACAGAAUCCCUAUGAAACAAAUCUGGUGGAGCAGACAUUCACCAAACUGAAGGACCUGAUUAAGCCGGAUGAAGUGCUGCCGGACGCCAGUCCAGAAUACCGCACCAAGCUAGCAUGUGGACUGCUUUACAAGUUCCUUCUUAAGCAUGCUCCUGAAGCUGAGGUUGGUGAGAAAUAUCGCAGUGGAGGUCAGAUUCUACAGAGGCCACUUUCCUCCGGGUUGCAAGUUUUCCAGACACAGAAAAAGAACUACCCGAUCACCCAGGCGGUAGAAAAAGUAGAGGGCAUGAUCCAAUGCUCAGGAGAGGCCACCUACAUGAACGAUGUCCUGACCACAACCAACAGUUUGCACUGCGCCUUUGUAGGAGCUACCAAGGUGGGAGCCACCAUUGAUCAGAUCGAUGCUUCGGAAGCUCUCAAGGAACCCGGAGUGGUGGCAUUUUAUAGUGCUAAUGAUAUUCCCGGAACGAAUACCUUCUGUGAGCCCAGUUUUGGCUACGAGGCAGAGGAGAUCUUCUGCUCGGGAUUGGUGCGCCACUCCGAGCAGCCAGCGGGAGUAAUAGUGGCUCUAACUGCUGACCAAGCUCAACGUGCUGUAAAACUGGUGAAGAUCAGCUACAGCAAUCCCAGUUCUGACUUUAAGUUGCUUCCCAGUUUAGGAGAUGUAUUUGCAUCGGAGACUCCUGAUUCCUCACGCAUUCUGCCUGUCACGAAAUCAGACAAAAAGAUAAAAUUCUCGGAUCAGCCUGAUAAGGAUGUGAGGGGCAUCUUCCAAAUGGGUCUACAGUAUCACUUCACCAUGGAGCCCCAGACUACUGUGGCAAUUCCUUUUGAGGAUGGACUUAAAAUAUUCUCGUCUACCCAAUGGAUGGAUCACACUCAAGCUGUGAUUGCCCACAUGCUCCAGGUGAAGGCGAAAGAUGUCCAGCUACAGGUCCGCAGAUUGGGAGGUGGCUAUGGAUCAAAGAUAUCCCGUGGUAACCAGGUGGCCUGUGCUGCUUCACUGGCGGCUUACAAGCUAAAUCGACCCGUCCGAUUCGUCCAAUCACUGGAAUCUAUGAUGGAUUGUAAUGGAAAGAGAUGGGCCUGUCGCUCCGACUAUCAGUGCCAUGUAAAGUCUAAUGGCAAGGUUGUGGGCUUGAAUAACGAAUUCUAUGAGGAUGCUGGCUGGAGCCCCAAUGAAAGUCCCAUUGAGGGUCACUCAAACUUUACGGCUAAAAAUUGCUACGACUUCACCGGGGAUAACUUCAGGAACAACGGCAAUGCUGUUUUAACAGAUGCCCCCAGCUCCACCUGGUGCCGUGCCCCGGGAUCUGUGGAGGGUAUUGCCAUGAUGGAGAACAUCAUAGAGCAUGUGGCAUUUGAGGUCCAGAAAGAUCCUGCUGAAGUUCGUCUGGCCAACAUAUCAUCGACCAAUAAGAUAUCCGAGUUACUUCCCCAAUUCCUUGAGUCCAGGGAGUACGCAAAGAGAAAGCAGGAGAUUGAAACCCAUAAUUCCAAGAAUCGCUGGACGAAACGGGGCCUUGGACUGGCGGUGAUGGACUAUCCAAUUUUCUAUUUUGGACAGUACCCGGCUACGGUGGCCAUUUAUCAUGUGGAUGGCACUGUUGUGGUUACCCAUGGAGGCAUUGAAAUGGGACAGGGUAUGAACACAAAGGUGGCUCAGGUGGCUGCCUACACUCUGGGAAUCGAUUUGAGCUUUAUCAAGGUGGAAUCCUCUGAUACCAUCAAUGGCGCGAACUCCAUGGUCACCGGAGGAGCUGUGGGCAGUGAGAGUCUAUGCUAUGCAGUUCGCAAGGCAUGCGAAACCUUGAACUCUCGUUUGCAGCCGGUGAAAAAGCAAGAUGCCAGUUGGUUGGAGACCGUUGGAGCAGCCUUUGCCAAAUCCAUCAAUCUGAUCGCCUCGGAUCACUACAAGGAGGGCGACAUGCAGAACUAUCAUAUCUACGGCCUGGCCCUAACCGAAGUGGAGUUGGACGUGCUCACUGGCAAUAGUCAGGUUAAACGUGUGGAUAUCCUGGAGGAUGCUGGAGAGAGUUUGAGCCCCUACAUAGACAUUGGACAGAUUGAGGGCGCCUUUGUCAUGUGUCUGGGUUACUGGAUGACUGAGCAGUUGGUUUACGAUCGCGAAACUGGUCGCCUGCUAACAAACCGCACCUGGAACUACAAGCCGCCGGGUGCCAAGGAUAUUCCCAUCGAUUUCCGUAUCGAACUUAUCCAGAAACCCAAUCCGUCUGGAGCAGGAUUCAUGCGAUCAAAGGCCACUGGAGAACCACCCUGCUGUUUGGCUGUGAGUGUGGUUUUCGCUCUACGACAGGCCUUGGAUUCCGCCCGCCAGGAUGCGGGACUGCCCCGAGAGUGGGUGCGCCUGGGAGCUCCCACUACUCCGGAAAUUCUGGUGGUCAAUGCAGGUCACGAUGCUUCGAGCUUUAAACUUAAGUAAUUUGUAUGUUUUUUUUGUGGUGUAUUUUUUUAUACAUAUUUUUCAAAUAUAUUCUUAUCUUUA